ACAUGUUCAGCAUGGCGCCUGAUCCUCUGUAGUGCAGCAGGUCCUGAACACUAGUGCUGAUUUAUACAGUCUUUCAGCGCUAAAAGAGGCUUUAAAGCUCCUCUUUAUGCAAUGUUGGGGAACUGCGGAAUCCAGCCAGUAACUCUGGCCUUCAACAACUCCAAAAACUGCUUUCUCCACCUGCCAUCCAACUUAGUGUCUCAGCUCUCCCUCAGAGAGUCACAGGCCCUGGAGCUGUCCUGGGGAUCAUCUGCUCCAGUGUUCCUCAGCUGGAUAAGAAGCCACGCAGCAGGUCAGGAGGACAGGGUUGAGCUGAACAGACAGUUAGGGGAGAAACUGGGAGUUCAGGAAGGAGAACAGGGCUUCCUGCGUCCAUGUAGUCAGGUACAGUCUGUGCAGCAGGUGUUUGUAGAGCCUCUGUCCUCAGAUGACUGGGAGAUCCUGGAGCUUCACAGCACAGCUCUGGAACAGCACCUUUUAGACCAGAUUCGAGUCGUUUUCUGUUCUGGGGUGUUUCCUGUGUGGGUUGACCAACACACUGUCAUCUACAUCAGGAUAGUCUCCCUGUCUCCAUCUGUUCCGUAUGGUCGAUUAGAGCAGUUCACUGAGCUGGUUGUUUCCCCCAAACUCCGGCAUGGAGGCAGGCAGCUUGCCCCAGUUUCUCCAGAUACAAAGAACCCGGUCUUGCAGAGGCAGCAGAACAUAGACCGUGGAUCCUCCUCCACACCUUCCUCCACAGGAACUGAUUCUUUCUCUGAGUCCAUUCACAAUCAGCCGGAGCCCAGUCAGAGACACUGGGCUGGAGUACCUGACCUGCAGAGCCUGGUGAGAUAUGUGUUCACAGGGAAAUAUGAGCCCGCCAAGGAGAUUCCAGAAGUGCCCACUGUCCCCGCAGUCUUCCCAGAUUGUGUCCUGAGAGUGUGUGGAACCCCACCCGGAGCAAUCAGACAUCUUGACCCAAAUCAUGGAGAUGUUCACAUGCUGCCAUGGGACCAAAUACAGUAUGACUAUUGGAGUACACAACAGCCAGUGUUAACGUAUGGUAGAGUUUCUAAAAUUCAUUCUCCCAAAGAAGUGAGAGAGCAAGCCAAGCAAGCGAUGGAGAAGAAAAAGAGUGGAAAUAGCUCUCAACCUAAAAAGGAAGCACAGGAACCAGUGGAGGAGUCUGUGGUGGUCAAGAUCCUUUGCCAUAACACAGAAAAGCUGGAAGCAGACCAAAGAUCCUCAGGAAUGAGAGAGAUUUACUGUGGGAAGGUGUGGAUCCCAAACAUUUUACGAUCAAGGCUGAGCAUAGGCCUGCAUUCUGCCGUGAGAGUUCGUCCUCUAACGUGCACCCCUGCAGUUGCACAGGCUGUCUUACUUCAGCCACUACGAACACUAACUGAGAUUGAGCAAGAAGAGGAUGUUCAGUCUGCAUUUCUAGGCUGGCUUCAUGCUCUGAGCCAUCAGCCUUUGGCUUGUCUGACAGGCCGGACCACCAUCAUCCCUCUACGCUGCACUGAGGGAACGUCUGAGUUUGUUCUUACUGUGUUGAAACCUGACCCUGAGCCAAAGAAAGAAGAUGAGAUUUUUCUUUUAUCCACCAGUGUCCUACACAAACCAGACAUACAGGUUGUCUUGGAACCUCAUUCUUUUAACCACACCACUGAACACCCUGAAGAUGAAUUACUCUGUGUUGACUUUCCUACACUCAGCUCUCUUGGUGGAGUUGAGGGUGUUGGCACAUCUGCUUUCGAGCACAUCUCCCACAGUCUGCUGGGCAGUCCCCUGUCCCGGGAGCUGGUGUCCACUGGCCGUGGUCUUCGGAGUGGAGCUCUGCUCAUCACAGGAGCCAAGGGCAGUGGGAAGUCUGCGCUGUCCAGGGCUCUCUGCAGGAAGGCAGCAGAAGAGCUGGAUGCCCAUGUCGAGGUGGUGGACUGCAAGAAGCUGAAAGGGAAACGAGCAGACACUGUGAGGCAGUGGCUGGAGGAGGUGUUGGAGCAGGCAGUGUGGAGACAGCCUGCAGUGGUCCUGCUGGAUGAUCUGGAUCACCUGACCGGGGCAGCUACCUCACCUGAACAGGAACAAGGAGCGGAGGCUGUGCUGCGGCAGCACAUUGCACAGAGUCUACAGGAUUUGGUGGAUGAACUAGUGGUGCGCUGCAGUCUCGUAGCUCUGCUGGUUACUGCAGAGAGUGACCACUCCCUUCACCCAUCAUUAACACAAGUUCAGGGAACACACUUCUUCCAGAGCUUCUGCAAGAUCCAAACACCAGACCAGAACCAGAGAGUAGAGAUCCUGAGAUCUCUGAUGGACAGAAAAAACAUCUCGUCUGAAGACAGUCCGGUGACUCUUGAUCUGCACAGCGUUGCCAUGAAAACCGAGGGCUACCUUCCUCGAGACCUGAAUCUUCUACUGGACAGAGCCAUCCAUGCCAGUGCUGUUCACAACCGAGGCAACGGCAGCCAUCAAGGUGUAUAUUUGAGUAGUAAAGACUUCCAGCAGGCCCUGCAGGGCUUCAUACCUCCCUCCCUCUGGAGGGUGCGGCUUCAGAAGCCCAUUGGGACGGGCAUGGAGCGGGUGGGGGGCCUUCACCAGGCACGCCAGCUCCUGAUGGACACCAUCCUGCUGCCGGCCAAGUACCCCCUGCUCUUCUCCAGUCUGCCCAUUCGCCAGCGCUCCGGGGUGCUGCUCUAUGGAGCUCCUGGCACAGGUAAGACUCUGCUGGCUGGAGCUGUGGCCAAGGAGAGUGGAAUGAAUUUCAUCAGCAUCAAGGGUCCAGAGCUCCUCAGCAAGUAUAUUGGUGCUAGUGAGCAGGCUGUGAGGGAUGUGUUUCAGAGAGCCCAGGCUGCUAAACCCUGUGUGCUGUUCUUUGAUGAGUUUGACUCGCUGGCUCCUCGCAGAGGUCAUGACAGCACUGGGGUCACUGACCGGGUGGUUAACCAACUGCUCACACAGCUGGAUGGAGUAGAGGGACUGGAGGGAGUUUAUGUUCUGGCAGCCACCAGUCGUCCUGACCUGAUCGACCCCGCCCUGCUGAGACCCGGGCGACUGGACAAGUCUAUCUACUGCCCACCUCCAGACAGGGAAGCGAGGGUGGAGAUUCUCAAGGCCCUGACUCAUUCAGUGCCGCUGGCCGCAGACGUGGACCUGGAGCAGAUCGCUGUGGCCACCGAGCUGUUUACAGGAGCUGAUCUCAAAGCUCUGCUUUACAACGCCCAGCUGGAGGCCAUUCACAGCAGCCUGGGGCCUGGCCUGCUGCCCGAUCUUGGCUCGGGAUCGGACAGCGACGUGAGCCUCUCCUCGCUGAUCUUCCUGAACCACAGCAGUGGCUCUGAUGACUCUGCGGGGGAGGGCGAGGCUGGACUGGAGCCCUCUGCUGGAGCGCUGAUGGAGCACAGCGAGCUGCCCCCAGAAGACCCCCGCCACAACAUUUGGCGCCUGUACUUUGGCAGUUCUUUUGAAUUAGAGCUGGGCAACCAGUCCCCUUCUGAGCUGAAUUCACAGUGCCUGUCUGUCCAGAACUCCAUCACCCAUGACUUGACAGGCACAUCAGUGAGGGACCCGAGCUGUCUUCACGUCCCGGUUGUCAUGUCCUCUGUGCAGGAGGGUUUUCAGGAACAGAGCCACGAACAGGCCGAGCGUCUUAGAGCCGAUCUCAACACCAUCAAAAACAACUACCGCCGGAGCCCUGAGGAUCCAUCGUUGGUACAGGUAGGCCCCAGUAAACCCGGCCUGCUUAUCUGCCAAACUCACUUGACCUCAGCCCUGGCCAGCACUAGAGCCUCCAUCAGCAGGCAGGACUGGAGGAGGUACACUGACCUAUUUGAAUCCUUUGGUGCCUCAAAAGAAGGAAAACCUCAGAAUGUAGCCAUGUUUACACCUGGUCAGAGAGUAACUCUGGCCUAAAGAAGACUACCCACAGGCACACACUGUGCAUGUAGUGUUCAGGAAUAGAAAACGUGCAGUAGUAACGUGAACAGUGAUUUCUGUUCUUUAACAUGCACCAAUCAGCCAUAACAUUAAAACCAAGUAUCCGAAUUAACAGAAGAGUUAGAAGUAUCAGAAUUAUCAGCUUAACAGAAGAGUUAGCAUGAGACAUUCUUAUGUUUAAGUAUAAUGUGUACCAUUAUAUUCAACAAUUAUUUGUAUUAUACCAAUUGUUGCUGUCACUAUUCUAAUCUGAAGUGUGAUGCUCUAAAUUACUAGGCAAAGAAUCUUCAGAACAUCAGGCAUGUCUUAUAGCAUUAUAAGAGGUAUGCAGCGCUCAGUACCUAACAGAAGUGCUCUAAGCAAGGACAACUGAUAAACAGGUGAACUGAUAAAAGGGUCAUUGGUAGCCUGUCACAAGCAUUUCCACAAGUGUUACCAUAUGGAAAAUGUAGAUGCAGUGAUUUAAUGUUAUGGCUGGUUGGUGGAUUGUGGUGUGUUAACUGGUGGUGCAUCUAUCAAUGUAUGUACAGUCAUGUAGAAAAAAGGGAAACAACCUAUGAAAACCAUUCCUCACAAAAAUGCUGUGGCAUCGUAGGGCCCGCCAGGCCAGCACAGAGGAGUGAUUUGACUAAUUUCUAACACCUAUGAUCAACACCUUUUAAGGCAGGCCAACCAGCCACUCGGCGCUGGAUCUUUGAAGCUCAUGGGAGUGAAUUUAUGCCGGAUUUUCCUCUGAGCUCCGGCUCUCUUUUCCUCCCUGUUCUAUCCACGGCAAGUGCUGUUUUCCUGCCUGUGCUUGGAGUGAGACUGGACGGCAUAGGCGGCUUUCUCCUCCCUUCUCGAGAGAGAGAGAGAGAGAGAGAGAGAGAGUGAGAGUCUGUUGGGGCCAGGACUGUGCGUCUCUCCGUUUAUCUUUUUGUUUGUCGACCCGGUUCCUCCAUUUCCCCCGGUGGAAACACAGCCCAGUCCACAACCACCUUAUACACUACCUGUUCAGUUCUGAGAAGCCGUUUGUUUGUUUUCUAUCUCUCCCCCAGUUCCUUUCCACCCUCUCUCAGGUCUCCACCCGUUCUCGCGCUCGGGGCGAUUUCUUUCGUGCCUUCUCCUGGGUCUCCAGCCAUUUUCGGGUUUUUGUUUCCCGCCCGUUUUCAGCUUUUUGUUUCCACCUGUGUUGAGGGGUUCCUGUCUAGAUUUUACCUGCUUUGUAUUCUGCUGCUCUGCACUUGGGUUCUACAACCUUCUGGGCUGGAGAGCUACUGCUCCACACCUAUUACAAAUGUAUUACUUUAUAAAAAAAAAGUGUAACAUUUAGUUACUAGUUAGUUACUAGUUACUAGUUAGUUUAGCUCAAGAGCAAACUUCCAGCCCAAGCCUCCAACCUAAAAAGUUACCGAAGAUCUUUCUGGUUCCAUUGUAAAGAUAUAGAACAGAGGAAAGUCUUGCUGAAAAUUUGGCCAAAAACCAGGAUAUUCUUCAUUCUAAAUUUGGCCCAGCUGUGUUUGAAAAAAACAUAUUUUUACAGUCUGUACAUCUCUAUGUUUAAAUAUGUUUAAAUAUGUUUAAAACACCAAGGUUUUCAUUGGUUAUCUUUAUUUUAUUACAUGACUGUAAGGAACAGAAUCACCUGUUCUGUUGAGGGCUGUUUGUUGCUACAGUGAGACAUGCUCUCAUUUGCCUUAAAGAAUCAAGAGUCUAAUCUUAAACUUUAAACAUACUGUUAGUCUUUUAAUAAUGAGUAUGCAGAUUGUGUUGUAAAAUAUGUAAAUUCAGCCUUAGGCCAUUUAAUAUUUCCUUAAUUUAUUUUCUAAUUAUCUGUAAUUUUAGUAAUCUAAUUGUAUUAUAUUUUAGGAAAUGCUUAAAGAUUUACACUUUAUGUAUCUGCAUAAAUAAUCCCACAGAGGGUUUGUAAAUA